AUGGUAGUGGUUCACGUUUCGAAGGUGAACUUGACUAAUACAAAACCCUUCAGGGUUGUCGUGGUACUAAGGGUCUUUGGACUUGACGGAUCCGAUGCCUCCGGGCGUAGUGCUACAAGUUCGUUUUCGGAGAGUGUCGUGGUACUUGGUGUCCCUGUAGUCGAACUUGCCGGUCUUGGCGUCCAACACAAAACAAUGCCAGGGGCCUCGGGAUGCCAGCAGCAAGGAGGCGAUGGUGGUGGUCAGCCGCACGAGAUGGUCGGCAGCUUGAGCGGAGGCAGACCAACAAGGCGCUGGCUAGGCCUUGCAGCAGAAGCAAACCACGCACGCGGUUGCGCGGGCGCUCGGUCAACGCUGGAGGCCAGCGAGGCAGAGGAGGUCGAACGGGCUGCCGGAGAGCAGAUGCAGGGGAGACAUGGCGGCGCAUGGUGGUGGCUGCGAGCUCCUGCGCAGGGAAAGGAGAGGGUAGCCUGGUGGUGGUGCUGGUUGCCGACAGGGGCGACUCCUGUCGAGGCCAGGAUUUACAGGGAGAAGAUGAACAUUAAUGGGGGAGUGAAAAAUGGCACUUGCCAAAAGAAAGAAAGAGAAGGAGAGGUGGUGAUGAGUGAAGGGGGGAAGAUGAUGCCAUGA